ACAGCCGGCUCCACCUAAUAUUGUUUCUCCAGCAUCAUACUGCUCAGCACGACAUUGUCACACUUAACCCAUCUGUUUUCUCUAAUGCACAGCAGACUCACUCCAGCCACAACCACCGUGAUAUUUCAGUUCGUGUUUGUAAACAUCUCCCAGACCUGAAGAUCCUUCUUAAUAACACCAAUACUCAAAGAAGGCUACAAUGUUGACUUCAGUCAAAAUUCUGUUGAUUUCAAUAUUGAGUUCACUAGUAUUUGGAGGCCAUGGAAAAGAACGUCCAGAAAUAAACACAACACAACAUAAUGCAGUAGGCUUAAAACUGAUGGAACAUGAAACUGUUUCUGUGGAAAAUGAAGUAAAAUUAGACUCAGAUAAAGAAAAUAGAGAAACCUCCAGUCCCAAGGCAAAUAAUUCCUCUUCCUGGGAUAUAAUAAACAAAAUCCAUGGAAUGACAAAUUUCCCCAAUGCUUUCUCAACAGACAAUUCUUCUGAAAACCCAAGAUCCACAGCCACGUUUUUCACAAACCCUCCCUUAGUCCAUGGCUUUGUUUCUAAAUUGCCUUGGAAUUCAUCUGUUGCCAAUGAAAAUUCUUCUUCAGUUGCAGCAUCUCCUAAUGCUGUAUCUGCUCAGCCUUCAGAAGAGUUCACUUGGUCUUUUAACAAUUUGACUAAUGAUAUCAUGCAAACUGCUUCUGACAACAGUUCCAGUGUAGUUGGCAUCUUGCCUACAGCACCAGCCACCACGUCUGUGACCCCAUUGUUAACGGAACCAACUGGAUGGCUAACCACAACCAGUGAUAUCUUGGCUGGAUUUACCCCCUAUCAAGAAACAACAACUCCACAGCCCACCCUAAAAUUCACCAAUAAUUCAAAAAUCUUUCCAAAUACAUCAGACCCCCAAGAAGAAAAUAGAAAUACAGGAGUAGUAUUUGGGGCAAUUUUAGGUGCUAUUCUGGGUGCUUCAUUGCUUAGUCUUGUUGGCUACUUGUUGUGCGGGAGAAGAAAAACAGAUUCAUUUUCCCAUCGGCGACUUUACGACGACAGAAAUGAACCAGUUCUGCGAUUAGAUAAUGCACCAGAACCUUAUGAUGCAAGUUUUGGCAAUUCUAGUUACUACAAUCCUACUGUGACUGACUCGUCCACGCCAGAAGGCCAAGAAAAUGCCUGUGAUGGCAUUCCAAUGGAUGACAUACCUCCACUCCGUAACCCAGUAUAAGACUAAGGGGGAAAAAAAGGAUUCGGAUGACAAGUGUUUCAGCCACAUCGUGGCCUUCCCACAAACCCAUCUUCCAAAAGAUGAUGCAAGUUCAAGUUAUGUGGAUUGUGCCAAGGAGACCUGUAAAAGCAUGAGACUAGUAGCAGAAGCACAAAAAGAGGAUAUAUCAACUAAAAGCUUUCCUUUCUUACAAUUUUUGGUUGUGCUGAAGUAUCUAUCAAGUAGCCUUAAUUUGGAUUCUGGUCUAUUUUUUCCUUAGUAGGAGAUGUGUUUGGAAUCAGGUAAAGAAAGAAAAUUGCACUAUGACAGCUUUGCCUGAUAGCAUAAUAAUGAAAAUCUUUCAAUGGCAAUAGAGAACCAAAAUUGCGUCUUUA